UCGACCCUUUGGCGAUGACACACAUCAGCAGCAGCGGCUUCUUCCAGAAGUUUCCGUCCGCGGUUCGAGACUCGGCGGCGGCACACGGACACUCCUGCGUGAACACGGUGUUUUAUGUUGGCGGGGGGUUGAGCGAAGUCACAUCUUUUCUCCUCCUCUGAGUGAAGAGUGGAAACUUAUCCAAAGGAGGGGAAGCUAACCUUGACAGUUAGCUAUCUCGGCUAAUUGUCCGCAUCGGCAGUGACAGCUGCGGCGGCGGCGGAGCAGCAGUCCGUCCACCGAGCUGGUUCACACUCACACUGGACAUGCUGGAGGUGUUUUUGUGCACUUAAAACUGAAGCGUCUGCGUUGACGGUGUUUUAAUGAAGUGGAAGAGGAACUGACCGGUUGUUGUAAUGGGUAAAGAUUACUACAAAGUGCUCGGAGUAGCCAAGGGAGCAUCCGAAGAUGAGAUAAAAAAGGCGUACAGAAAACAGGCCCUGCGCUUUCAUCCCGACAAAAACAAGUCUCCCGGAGCAGAAGAUAAAUUCAAAGAGAUCGCAGAAGCCUAUGAUGUCCUCAGCGAUGCCAAGAAAAAGGACAUUUACGAUCGCUUUGGAGAGGAAGGGUUAAAGGGUUCGGCCGGCGGCGGAGGCGGAGGACACAGCGGUCAAAGCUACAACUACACCUUCCAUGGAGACCCUCACGCAAUGUUCGCAGAGUUCUUCGGUGGCCGCAGCCCUUUCGAUGAUUUCUUCUCACAAAACGGGGAUGACAACAUGGACAUCAAUGACCCCUUUGGAGCAUUUGGCAUGGGAAGAAUGGGCGGCAUGGGUGGCUUUCAAAGGUCCUUUAAAUCCCGCCCAGGAGGCCCUCACAGGGCCCACCAGAGAAAGAAGGACCCGCCCGUGGUGCACGAGCUGAAGGUGAGCCUCGAGGAGGUCUUCUCAGGCUGCACCAAAAAGAUGAAGAUCUCCCGCAAGAGACUGAACCCCGACGGUUGCACCAUGCGUAACGAAGACAAGAUCUUAACAGUCGACAUCAAGCGCGGCUGGAAGGAGGGGACAAAAAUCACCUUUCCGAAGGAGGGAGACGAAACUCCCACCAACAUUCCUGCAGAUGUGGUGUUUGUAGUUAAAGAUAAACCCCACCCGGUGUUCAGAAGAGAAGGCUCGGAUAUCAUUUAUCCUGCGAAAAUCUCUCUCAGAGACGCGUUGUGCGGAUGCACAGUCAACGCCCCGACGCUGGACGGCCGGACCAUCACUGUGACUUCCAGAGAUGUUGUCAAACCUGGAAUGAAAAAGCGUAUUGUUGGGGAAGGGCUCCCUCUGUCCAAGUACCCUGAGAAGAGGGGCGACAUGAUCUUGGACUUUACAGUCAGAUUUCCUGACAAACUGGGCCAAACCACUCGAGAUGCACUAAAGCAGGUCCUUCCACCAUGACAAGACAAAAAACCAAAAAAA